CAGGCAGAGUGUAAAAUGGCGCACAGCUGUCGGUGGCGGUUCCCUGCUCGGCCCGGAGGGAGCAGCAGCUCGGGCGCGGGGAGGAAAGCGGGCCGGAUCAGGGUCACCGCUUCCCUCCGAAACGGCUCGGGGACUCAUCCGACCGCGAGCGGGCUCGGCCCGGGUUUCGACGCCGCGCUGCAAGUGUCCGCUACGAUCGGCAGUAACCUGCAGAAAUUUCGGGAUGUUUUGGGGGAGUCGAGCGGCUCCAGCAGCGGAGAGGAGGAAGCAUUUGGAGGCUUUGGUACGCUCCCUGAAAAUGGAAGACUACAAAGUCCAGGGUGGACCUCACCAGUUACUCCAGCACAGGAGAAGAAGCCCAGAGGCCGCCCCCCAAGAGCAACAGCUGCACAGAAAUUAGCUGCAAGUGUUGAACCUAAGCCUCUGUCUGUCCUCACAGUUCCUCCUACAGAAAAAGUGAAACGGCCACCAGGUAGACCCCCUGGCUCUGGUGAAAAAAGAAGAGGCCGUCCUCCUGCGUCUGCCAGCCAGAGAAGCUGGCCACAAAGUGGCCAUGUGUUACCUAAUGACAGUAGGGAUGCUGCGCUGGAGCACAGCUCGAGUGCAGCACUACGCAAGGACAUGGUGGAGGAUGACAGGGAGAGAAAGGCCACAAAGCGAACUCCUCUUGGGUCUGUGCAACAGCAGGGAUCUGAGGCCAAGCUGUCCAAAAUGGGCCGCGAUUCUAAGGUGACCAAACUAAAGCGACUACGGGAUGUCAAGCUAAGCCCUCUUAAGUCUGGACUCUUAAAAGGUGUCCCAGUCCCCGUUGUGCCAAGACGGAGGCGUGGCAGACCUCCUGCUGCUGAGCGCCUCAAAGCUGAGGCUGCCGCUGCUGCUGCUGCCCAGGCUGCUGCCUCCUCAGUCCCAGAGCUGUCCCCCACUGAGGCUGGCACUGCCAAACAAAAGGCCUUCAGGGUUCGCCCAGAACGAGAUUUCGACCCCCGCACUCCACAGCAUCUCAAGCUCAGGGCCUCUCAUCCUGCUGAUGAAUGCACUAGCCCAGAUCCCCACGAUUCCCCAUCAACAGACCCAACCACACCUUCAAAACUCGGAAGGCCGUUAGGGUUACGGCAAAGCCCUCGCCAUAUCAAGCCUGUGCGAAUUGUACCACCUUCCAAACGCACUGAUGCCACUAUCGCUAAGCAGUUAUUGCAGCGGGCUAAGAAAGGGGCGCAGAAAAAGAAACUGUUAGAAAAGGAGACAGUAGGUACCCAGGGAGCAGCAGGCAUGGAGGCUGGUAUUAGGAGGAGAAGAAGAACGCAGCUGAAAAACAUUCGCCAGUUCAUCAUGCCUGUAGUCAGUACAGUGUCCCUACGGAUUAUUAAGACUCCAAAACGUUUCCUUGAGGAUGAGGCCAGCUUUGGCACUCCACCACCACACAUGAAAAUUGCACGACUGGACUCUACUGUACCUGCUCCACCACCCCAGCCUACAUCAUCCUCAUCCACUCUUGUUUCCACUUCUCCAGCAGCAACUGGAACAUCUGCCAUCACUGGGGCCGGACCUGCUGUUGAUACUCUCCCACCUCCCCCUGCCCCUGCCCCUACUUCAAGCUCCACUGUUGUUUCAGCAACAACUCUCCUUAACAACAGUACGUGUAACAACAGCAAUGGCCGCUUCAGUAGCAGUGCAGCGUCCUGUGGCUCCAGUGCAGUGUCCCAACAUUCCUCCCAGCUGUCCUCUGGAGAGUCUUCCCGCUCCAGCAGCCCCAGUCUGGAUGACUCCUCCUGCGACUCCCAGGUUUCAGAUGGCACCCAGGCUCUCUCAGAGGAGCCUGACCAUUCCCCUUCCUCUCAGGGAGAGAGGGAGGCCAAUAUGCACCAUGCCCCACAUCCCCUAUCCCCACCAUCCGAGCCUGAGACAGAGCAGAUGGUGUUGAUGGAGCCAACCCGACGAGGACGCAGAGGUCAAGGCCUCAGGAGAGGCAAUCUUGUGGCACGUGGGCGUGGCAAUCUGAUAAGUGAUAGAAAAAAGUCCAUUAUCAGCCCUGCCACAGGUGUACUGAUGUCCUCUUCUCAGGCAGGGUCCCAACAAGCUUCUUCUACUGCCUCUUCUUCCUCCUCUCCACCGCCACCCCCACUUCUUACUCCGCCUCAGCCUCCACAGUCAGCUUCAUCCAAUGCACCUGCCAUCAGUGAACAUCAUCCCCACUCUGCUUGGAUCAUGCCUCAUCCCAUUGCCCCCUUCCUGUCGGCUCCUCCGAUACUCCCUGGUUCUCAUGACAAACGCCGCGCCAUACUCCGGGAGCCCACAUUCCGCUGGACAUCUUUGUCCCGCACAGAGCAGCAAUACUUCUCCUCUGCAAAGUAUGCAAAGGAGGGCCUUAUUCGCAAGCCCAUCUUUGAUAACUUCCGCCCUCCACCACUUACGGCUGAGGACGUGGGGCUGAUGCCUCCUGGCCCUGGCGGAGGUGGUGUGGCACAAGGAGGUUUCCCUGCAUCUGGGGCAACUGGGGCAGGCACCAGGCUGUUUUCCCCUCUGCAUCAUCACCACCAGCAUCCCUCAUCUCGUUUUGAGCCUCAACUCCACAAACGCAGCCCACUGCUCCGUGCCCCUCGCUUCACUCCUAGUGCUGCCCACUCCCGCAUUUUUGAAUCUGUCACUCUCCCACCUUCCUCAGGGAGCAGCCCUGGCUCUCUCUCUCCUCUCCAGGCCACAUCACCAUCCAACAGGACGUUACGACGAAGGAAGAGAAGGUCGUUUGGGCUUUCACGUGGACACCCCAGGUCACCCUCGCACUCCAUGACCACACGGAGUGGUCAGUCAGGAUCCCAGGCUGGAAAAAGCUCAUCUGAACUCUCCUCACUGACCAGCUCUGUACCCACAAGUGUAACUGGCAACUCCAGCCCUUUACAGGUUGCAGUCAGUCCGAUAGCUCCAAGUGCCUUAACUCAAGCCCCUUUCAGCACCUUCUCUUCGGGCUCCCUUGGCCCCAUUACUCACGGAGCCUCUGAUGGCCGAAGAGCAGCCGGGUGCCUCGGUGGGAGUUCAGCCUCUUCCUCUUCACAGCUCUUCCCUCGUUUCGCUUCCAGUCCCCAAGGUCCAAGUGGGGGCACUGGAAAAGCUGGGAGAGAGCGAAGUGUCUCCGCUUCAAGAGACACCUUUCCCAAGGAGAAAGAACGGGAGACAGAGAAAAGUAGGGAGCGUGAAAAGGAAAAUAAAAGAGAAGGGAAAAAAGACUGGGAAAGAAGAGGGAAGAGCCUCCCUUCAGAAGGUCCUAACAAUUCCACCGCAAGCCUUUUUGCUGCGGAUGGCAAGGACGUUGAAGAAUCUUUCACCCAGAAAAAGACUCCUGGGCAGAAGAAAUCAGUUUCUGUUGACUCUGGUGCAGAGGCCUCUCCUGUUGACGCAAAUGUGGUCCAGUCGGUCGGGGCAUUGUUAUCCAAAGGACGCCUGUCCAAAAAAGGCAGAAUGUCAGAGAAAGGUGCGGAAACUGAGGGAGUAGAGAAGGACAAAGACAAGGAGAGAUCAAGCUUACCUAUCCAGCCAGGGCAGCCCGGAAAACCCCCCAGCACAGCAUCACUAGGUUCCAUGCUGGCUCAUGCUGAAAAACAGCCGGUCACAGAUAGGCGUGUGGCAGGCCUGCUGAAAAAGGCUAAAGCCCAGCUUUACAAGAUAGAGAAGAGCAAAUCAUUGAAAACAGUGGAUCAGCCUAAAGUGCAGGGUCAGGAGAGUGAUUCUUCUGAAACUUCAGUCCGUGGUCCACGAAUCAAGCAUGUGUGCCGUCGUGCCGCAGUAGCAUUGGGUCGCAACCGUGCUGUGUUUCCAGAUGACAUGCCCACCCUUAGUGCCUUGCCAUGGGAGGAGAGAGAAAAGAUCCUGUCUUCCAUGGGGAAUGAUGAUAAAUCUUCAGUGGCAGGGUCAGAAGAAGCAGAGCCAUCUACCCCUCCCAUUAUUAAGCCAGUAACAAGGCACAAAACUGUCCAGGAGGCCCCACCCAGAAAGGGCCGGCGCUCGCGUCGCUGCGGGCAGUGUCCUGGCUGCCAGGUCCCAGAUGACUGUGGAGUUUGCACCAACUGUCUGGAUAAGCCUAAGUUUGGAGGACGCAACAUUAAAAAACAGUGCUGCAAGGUAAGGAAGUGUCAGAACUUGCAGUGGAUGCCAUCAAAGAUGUUUCUUCAGAAGCAAGCAAAAGGUAAAAAAGAUAAGAAGAAAAACAAAUUGCCUGAAAAAAAGGAGACACAUCACCCCGUCAAAUCUCAGUGUCCUGAGCUGAGCCCCAAAUCAGCCCUUCCUCCCUCAAAGGAUGACCCUCCCACAAAGAAAACUGAAACGGCACCCCCAGCGAAGGCUGAGGACAAACAAAAGCAACAGCGGCCUCCAUCACCUCCACCACCCAGCUCUUCCCCAGCUGACCCCCCUUCACUCCCCAGUCUAGAGGAUCAAAGACAACCCUUAACCUCUCCAAGCUCUGCCUCUAGGAAGGAGCGAAAGCAGCAGCAGACCAGCCCUUCAUCCAGCUCCCCACACACCACUCCAUCUUCCCCACCAGCACUGUCCCAGCAACCCAUACAGCAGCAAAGCCAUGCGCCAGCAAAAAAGGAAGGACCCGUAAAGUCACCAUCUAGUGAGCCCAAAAAGAAGCCCCAGCAGCAUAACCAGCCUUCAUCUGUUACACACUCGGUACAAGAAGCAAAGCCAAUAAAGAAGCAAACAACUCGUUGUGCUCCUCCACUAAAGCCAAAAUCAAAGGAGAAGGAGAAACAGAUGGCCACCAAACCCGACCGCAAUACUUUAAACUUCCUGAGCACUCCCUCGAUUGGGGGCACCGCCCAGCAGAAAGCACCCUGCGACGGAGUGCAUCGAAUCAGAGUGGAUUUUAAGGAGGACUAUGACAUUGAGAAGGUGUGGGAGAUGGGUGGCCUCAGCAUCCUCACCUCUGUGCCAAUCACCCCACGGGUGGUCUGCUUUCUCUGUGCCAGCAGUGGCAAUGUGGAGUUUGUGUUCUGCCAGGUAUGCUGUGAGCCUUUCCAUCUCUUUUGCUUGGGGGAGACAGAACGCCCCCACAAUGAGGAGUAUGAGAACUGGUGCUGCCGCUGGUGUCGCUUCUGCCAUGUCUGUGGCCGCAAGCACCAAAAAACUAAACAGUUGCUGGAGUGUGACAAGUGCCGAAACAGCUUUCACCCUGAGUGCCUGGGACCCAACCAUCCAACUCGACCCACCAAGAAAAGAAUCUGGAUUUGCACCAAGUGUGUUCGCUGUAAGAGUUGUGGGGCCACAAAACCAGGAAAAGCCUGGGAUGCCCAGUGGUCACAUGACUUCUCCUUAUGUCAUGAUUGUGCCAAACUCUUUGCUAAAGGCAACUUCUGCCCUCUCUGUGAUAAGUGCUAUGAUGAUGAUGAUUAUGAGAGUAAGAUGAUGCAGUGUGGGAAGUGUGAUCGCUGGGUUCAUGCCAAAUGUGAAAAUCUAACCGAUGAGAUGUAUGAGCUUUUGUCCAACCUCCCUGAAAGCGUAGUAUACACCUGCAUCAACUGCACUGAGCGCCACCCGCCUGAAUGGCGCACUGCCUUGGAGAAAGAGAUUCAGAGCUCCAUGCGCCAAGUUCUUACUUCACUCCUCAACUCCCGCACUUCCACUCAUUUACUCCGUUACAGACAAGCAGUGAUGAAACCACCAGAGCUGAAUCCAGAGACAGAAGAGAGUCUCCCCUCACGGCGCUCUCCUGAAGGGCCUGACCCCCCUGUCCUUACAGAGGUUUCUGUGCCCACUGACUCGCCCCUUGACUUAGAGUCUGUGGAGAAGAAGAUGGAUUCAGGGCACUAUAAAUCUGUGCUGGAGUUCAGUGAUGACAUAGUGAAAAUCAUCCAGACAGCUAUCAAUUCAGAGGGAGGGCAGCCCGAGAGCAGGAAGGCCAACAGCAUGGUCAAGUCCUUCUUUAUCCGGCAAAUGGAAAGGGUUUUUUCAUGGUUCAAGGUGAAGGAAUCCAAAUUCUGGGAAACACACAAAGUCACUUCCAAUAGUGGGUUACUUCCUAAUGCGGUACUGCCCCCUUCUCUGGAUCACAACUAUGCCCAGUGGCAGGAGAGGGAAGAGAUAGCACGUGCUGAACAGCCGCUGCUUAUGAAGAUCAUUCCUGCUCCUCGACCUAAAGUCCCUGGAGAGCCUGACUCCCCAAUAGCUCCCACACCACCACCACCGCCAGCUCCUCAGUUUAUACAUGACCUCAGUCGGGAGGACAGCCCUGAGCUUCCUCCUCCUCCCGGUGUCAGUGACAACAGGCAGUGUGUGCUUUGUCUUAACUAUGGAGAUGAGAAGACUAAUGAGUGUGGAAGAUUGCUUUACAUUGGCCAGAAUGAGUGGGCCCAUGUGAACUGUGCAUUGUGGUCAGCAGAGGUAUUUGAGGAUGAUGAUGGCUCUCUCAAAAAUGUCCAUAUGGCAGUGAGCAGGGGCAGACAACUGCGAUGUGAGAACUGUCAAAAGCUUGGAGCCACUGUCGGUUGCUGCCUCACCUCCUGCUCAAGUAACUACCACUUCAUGUGUGCACGCCAGCGUAACUGUGUCUUUUUGGAGGACAAGAAGGUUUAUUGCCAACGCCACAGAGACCUCAUCAAGGGCGAGGUGGUGUCAGACACAGGCUUUGAAGUAACCCGGAGAAUUCUGGUGGAUUUUGAGGGAAUCAGUUUGAGAAGAAAGUUUCUCAGUGGUCUUGAGCCAGACAAUGUCCACAUGAUGAUAGGGUCCAUGACUAUUGAUUGUCUUGGUAUGCUAACAGAGCUCUCAGACUGUGAGAGAAUGCUUUUUCCUGUUGGAUACCAAUGCUCAAGGGUCUACUGGAGUACUCUGGAUGCCCGCAAACGCUGUGUGUAUACCUGUAGAAUUUUAGCAUGCCGCCCUCUAGUGGCAGACACCAUCAGCACAGUCCCACCAGAGGAUAACCGCACCAUUGCCCACAGCCCACCGCCUGUCUCAGAAGCAGACCCAUCACACUUGGCUGAUUCAGGUCCCAUUGACUGCAACACCAUGGCCAUUACACCAAAGCGAAGGGUUUACUUUAGAAACAGACACCCCAGUUACCCACCCUGCCAUCGUUCUCCUUCAUCCAGACCUCUUCCCUCUCCAGGGGGUGUCAGCAUUUCAGCCCACGAGAUUGUAACUGUUGGUGACCCUCUGCUCAGCACCAACCUGCCAAGUAUUGGGUCUCGUCGCCACAGCACUUCCUCCCUCUCCCCUCAGCAGGCCAAACAGAGAACCUCCAGCUCUCCGCAGGGAAGUGGUGUAUCUAGCCAGAUAGGCUCUUCUUCAUCUGCUUCACCCCUAACCUCAACCUCCCAGGACCAUGGAGUUAGAGACUCUGUGAAGGGCAAGGUACCUAGUAGUGAAAGAUCUCAGUGUCGGGAGGCAAGCACUAUAAAUACAGGAGCUCAGGGUAGACCCAGUUAUAGUUUUAGUGAGCGAAUGGAUGGUGGUAGAGAUGUUGCUAGAAAGCAGCCAGAAGGAGAGAGUUUAAAAUCAGCUCCCGCAGCAGUACUGACUGGAGUGGCCCAAGUCUCACCUCCUCUUGGAACUGCAGUUUUAACCGGGCAUCAGAGGGGCAGUGGUAGCUUGCGAACAGAAAAGGGGAAACAGGCAAUGAAAGACACUGACUUACCAGCUGGAGUCACACUUUUGUCCUGUCAUCCACUUGCCAGUCUUUUUAAAGAUAAAGCCAUUCCAGGGAAAGAGGGAAGCUUAACAACUGUACAAGAAUCUAAAGAUACUGGAAAGACUGGCUCUUCACAGCCACUGUACCAAAAAAGUGGAGGUAGGAAGCCUCAUGACUGUGUCUCAGGACCAUCCCCUGCUGCAGCUAUCAAGCCUCAGUGGUCAUCUGGAGGAAAGACAGGAGAAGAGGAUAUAAAACGAGGAUCCCAGGCAAGCCCUUCUGUGACGGCUAGUCAUGGAACCUCUAGCACCAAAGAAAAGCACUCCAAAGUUAAAUUAACAGUGGGCAGGGAUAUUUCAAAAGACAGGAAGGAGAUGCCUCAAAACAGUAAGGCACAAAUUCUCAACAGCAUCUCUAAAGGCAGUAAUAGCAAAACACAUGGGCAAGUCCCAUCCACACAAAAUAAUACUAAUAGAGCCGCUCAUAGCAGUAACAAAGCCUCAGGCAACACAGAAAUUAAUAAAGCAGAUAUUCAGGCAGGUGAGAGGCCAUUAAAGUCUGGGGAGAGAUUUAGUACUGAGAAAAAGCACAGUUCUACAAUGGAAGCAAUUCAGCCAAAGGCAGGUUCAGAGCGAAGUUUAAAACUUCCACAAGUUCACCCUAAAUCAAGUAAAGAAGCUAUACCAGUGGAGAAGAAGCGCACAGAGAGACUGCCUUUGAUAUCUCAAAAAAUGGAUCCUAAUGGGACAAAAUCUCUUAGCACAUGCUCUGAUACAAACACAUCCGCUUCCAUUUCCCCCAUCAGCCAUGGUCCACAGAAGAGGUCUUCCCGUACUGUGCUGUUUUCCCCUUCUGCAAGCUCUGAAAGCUCAGAGUCUGAUAGUCACACUCACCCAGAGGACUGUGAGGAGCGCCUCAUGGAUCACCACUCCCCUGAGGAUGAUGGUGAUGGGGAGGACCAUCAUUUGGAAGAUGAAAGCUCUGUAGACAAGCACCAUGAGGAGGACAGUGAUGGUUCAGCAGGCUCAGCAAAACGGAGAUACCCGAGGCGAAGUGCUCGGGCUCGAUCUAACAUGUUCUUUGGACUUACUCCUUUCUAUGGUGUCCGCUCCUAUGGCGAGGAAGACCUUCCUUUCUACAGUAGUGGGGAUAUCUCUUUGAGGAAGCGUUCAGGCAGCAGUAAGCGUUCAGCUGAAGGCCAGGUAGAUGGGGCUGACGACAUGAGCACGUCUUCUUCCGCAGACAGCGGAGAGGAUGAAGAAGGAGGGUUUGGUUCAAAUAAGGAUUCGUAUUAUUACAAUUUCACACGAACUAUUAUAAACCCCAGCUCAAGUCUUCCUACUAUUGAGGGUAUUGACCAGUGCUUGGGGAGAGGGUCACAGAUCCACAGAUUCUUGAGGGAUGGAGCAAAGGAAAAGGAUGCGGAAAGUGAUGAAAUAACAGCGACCACAAAAAAUCUGGAGUGCCAACAAAUUGGCCAACUAGAUGGAGUGGAUGAUGGUUCUGAAAGUGAUGCCAGUGUAAGCACCAGUAGCACAACUACUGCUACAACUUCCUCUACACUUAAAAGCUCAACUAAGAAGAGGGGGCGAGCUGACAGUCGGGCUGAGAAAUCGAACACUGACUCAGGGAAAGAGACUGAAAAUACUACUGGUGGAGGAGGUAGCCAAAGUCGUGAUGGCCGUAAAAAUCAGAAAGAUAACUGCCUUCCAUUAGGAAGUGUGAAAUCACAGGGACAGGAUCCUCUUGAAACUCAGCUGUCUCUCAGCACUGACCUUCUAAAGUCUGACUCAGACAAUAAUAACAGUGAUGACUGUGGUAAUAUCCUGCCCUCUGAUAUUAUGGAGUUUGUGCUCAAUACCCCUUCAAUGCAGAGCUUAGGACAGCAGUCAGAGGCUCCCUCCACUGAACCAUUUUCCCUAGAUGAGGGUUAUGGAGUUGAUGUAAAUCGAAGAAAGGAUAUACUCUUUGAAGACUUCCCCCAGCCACUGGCCAGCACAGAACCUGUAGAGGCUGGAGUGAGCACCUCGAUUGCAGUAGAGGAACCCUAUGGCCUGCCUUUGGAGUUGCCAUCUGACCUUUCUGUGCUUACCACUCGUAGUCCAUCGGUAAAUAAUCAGAAUCAUAGCUCACUCAUCUCUGAGAGCUCUGAGCGCACUAUGCUCGCCCUGGCUACAGAGGAAUCAGGGGUUGAUAAAGGUGGGGAUAAGCAAAGAGCAACUGGUGCUGUAUCCAGCGAGAGCCCCCAUGAUAAUGGUGGAGAUGCACAGGUGACAGAAGGUCACAUGACACCUGAACAUUUCAUUCCCAGCCGCAUCGAUGGAGACCACAUCUCAAGUCCUGGAAUAACCCAGGUGGCAGAGGCAGGGAAUCAAGAUCUGGCCAGGACAUCUGGUACCCCAGGCCUGCCAAGUUCGCCCACUUUGGCUCUUCAGAGUCAGAAGUUUAUUCCUGCUGCCACAGUCAGUACAGGUCCUUCUCAGAUUGCAAGCUCUGCUGUUCAGUCCACCGCAUCUCAUUUGAAACCUGGUCCAGAGAAAUUGAUAGUUCUCAAUCAACAUUUGCAGCCUCUGUAUGUAUUGCAGACGCUCCCCAAUGGUGUAACUCAGAAGAUACAGAUUGCACCAUCUGUCAGUGCAACGGGUGUCAUGAACACCAGUGCUCCUGUAUUGACAGGCCUCAAUGCUGGGAUUUCCACCUCUCAGUCUCUCUUUCCUGGUGGCAAAGGUUUGGUUCCAGUGCCUCAUCAUCCACAGCUUCAUGCUUUCACUAGCACCACUCAGACAGGUUUCCAACCUGUUAUUCCUAGCACCACAUCUGGCCUCUUGAUUGGAGUUCCUUCUCAUGAUCCCCAGAUUAUUGCAUCUGAAGCUGGGCAUAGACACGAUCUGGCCCCCAGUGUUGCCAUGGUGUCCAGUGCAUCAUCCAUUUCCCCACCUCCUACUGUGCUAUCCACUGGACAUGGCAAGAAGCGCCCUAUUUCUCGCCUCCAACCACGUAAAAGCAAAAAGUUAGCUCGAUCCAGAAGUCAACCCACACUGGCUCCAUCAGAGGUUGGGCCAAAUAUGACCCUCAUCAACCUGUCCUCUUCACAAAUUGCUACCGGAAUCCCUACUCAAUCUGGACUGGUUGAACUUGGCACCAUAACCACUGCAACUGCAACAUCUCACCGCAAAAUGCCCAACAUUAUAAAAAGAUCAAAAUCUGGAGUAAUGUACUUUGAGCCUACUCUCCUUCCACAACCAAUGCCAAUCUCCACUAAUGCUCAGCCUGGUAUCCUUGGGCAUGAUUCCUCCACUCACUUAAUACCAUGCACUGUGUCUGGACUUAACCCUAAUCAGUCUGUGCUGAAUGUGGUGUCGAUGCCUCCCACAGCGACUGGAAACCUAUUGGGAGCAAAUUCAGUAUCUUUAAGUACUCCGGGGCUCAUCAGCUCUACUGAGAUCACAGGACCCAUAAGCAACCUUCUCUUUAAAGCCAGUCCACAUAACCUGGGCCUUCCAGAGCAGCAAAUGGUUCUUCAUUCAGGAACACCCGUGAUGUCACAGAUUGCCAGCUCUGUCCAGACUUCCAUUGCUAGCAGCAUCUGUGUUCUUCCACCUAAUCAAACCAUCAGCAUGUCUGUAAACCAGCAGGUCGAUAAAGAAGGCAACCUCCAUCUUCAAAACCCAGUUAGCAGAGUUGUGGCAGAUAAGACAGUUGAUCCCAGCACAAACACAUCAGGCCAAAUGGCUCUUGCGCCCAGUCCCAUCACACAAGACACAAACAAGGGUCGUAUGGUUGGAGUUCUCACCCAAAGCUCACGGACUACACCUAUCUCAAGACCUUCAAGCCAGCAGCAAGCCGUGAAGUCUCCCACAGUCACAGCUUCCACAGCCAUCGGGAAGGGGAAGCAGAAAGCAAAGAGAACUCUACCAAGUAUAGACAAGAAUGGUGGAAAGAAGCACAAAGGUCUGCAAUCUGAGGCUUUGCCAGAAUCACAGGGUGUUCCUGGCUCUGCAAAUCAGUCCUCUUUAGCAGGGUCAAGACAGCCUGAACCGAUGGAUACAGGAAAGCCUAAUGAAAAAGGUUCAAGAAAGAGUGACUCUGUUACUAGAACAUGUGACUCUCCUGCUCUUAGACAGAAGGCCAUAGAACCUCAUGAUGAAAAACCCAAGACUGCAGGCCAGAAUAAUGGAAAAGGAUCCAGUGUGCUGCUAGAGGCCAAUCCUGAUCAGAAGGAUGGUGGGCAAAACUCUUCUUCAGACUACAAGCCCAAAAAAGGACUCCUGUUCGAAAUUUGCAGUGAUGAUGGCUUUAAGAUCUGCUGUGAAAGCAUUGAAGAGGCCUGGAAAUCUCUGACAGACAAAGUCCAAGAGGCACGCUCUAAUGCUAAAUUGAAAGAGCUGUCUUUUGAUGGAGUGAAUGGGCUACGGAUGCUGGGUGUUGUCCAUGAUGCCGUAGUUUUUCUUUUGGAGCAACUAUAUGGUGCCAGGUACUGCAGAAACUACAGGUUCCGCUUCCACAAGCCAGAGGAAGUGGAUGAACCUCCUAUUAAUCCUCAUGGAUCUGCACGUGCUGAGGUCCACCACAGGAGGUCAAUGUUAGACAUGUUCAACUUCCUGGCAUCCAAACAUCGGCAACCUCCUGAAUACAACCCUCAAGAGGAGGAUGAAGAAGAGAUGCAGCUCAAAUCUGCGCGACGAGCGACCAGCAUGGACUUACCUCUGGCUGCGAGGUUGAAAAACUUGAGGAAAUCAUCCAGAGAGUCUGUAGGAGUCUACAGGUCAGCCAUACAUGGUCGAGGUCUGUUCUGUAAAAGGAACAUUGAUGCUGGUGAGAUGGUGAUCGAGUACUCUGGUAAUGUCAUUCGCUCUGUCCUCACUGACAAACGGGAGAAAUACUAUGACGGCAAGGGCAUUGGCUGCUACAUGUUUCGUAUUGAUGACUAUGAGGUGGUAGAUGCCACCAUGCAUGGCAAUGCGGCGCGGUUUAUCAACCACUCCUGCGAGCCUAACUGCUACUCCCGCGUGGUCAAUAUUGACGGCCAGAAGCACAUCGUCAUCUUUGCUAUGCGGAAAAUCUACAGGGGCGAGGAACUCACAUAUGAUUACAAGUUCCCCAUUGAGGAACCAGGCAAUAAGCUGCCUUGCAACUGUGGGGCCAAAAAGUGUCGCAAGUUCCUCAAUUAACAGCUCUCCUUUUAUUAUUUUUGCCUGAACCCUCUCCUCCCAAAUGAAUCUUUUGUCUAAUGUUGACAGUAUGUGUAUUUUAACUGAUAUGGUUAUUUAUUGAAACAGGCUCAGGUUUUCAGAGGGAUAAUGGCACUGUGCCUCUUAAGUUGAUUCAGGAAAGGUGUCAAGAGCAAAGUCACAAUGAAGAAAAGGUCUGCCUUCAGUGGAUAUCCCCCAAAUGACCAGUGAGAAAUAGAUAAGUGCCCCUGCUUGCGCUCAAAUUUUGCAUUCUGUUUUAUCUUCCUAAUGAUUAUUAUGAAGAACUAUUCGUUUGUAAUAUUGAGUCUUGCCUGCCCAUGCUUAUGGAAUGUGAGAAGAAAAGUAUGAUGGAAUUGCCACAUUGUUUCAUUUGACACCAAAGUGCAAUUUCUAAGGGAACGAUACACUGUCUUUUCUGAUAGAUGAAUUGCAAGUGAUCCAUAAUUCUCCUUUUCUUAGCCUGACCUGCACAGUUUCAUCUCCCUUUCUGAAUGUACAUUGAAGCCUUGUCCCUCUAGUUAUGUGAGGGAUGUCUAUGUAUUUUAGACACUGUAAAUAUUACUUUUGAGCCCCUUGAAUGAUAAAGAGGGAACACUAGAGGGAGCAAUGGUCCUAUUGAUGGACCUUCUGAAAGAGCUUUUUCAGAGGUUUUGGUUUGGAUCAAUGAUGAGCAGGACUGUAAGUGUAGUGUACCUAAACUGUGUUUAAGAAGUAAUAAUAACCCCUGGGGCAGUGAUCACUGGGGGCUGGCUGGGUUGAGAUCCUGGUGGACUGACAGCCAAGGGACUAGAGAAAUUUGAGGGGUGGGUGGGAUGGCUUAAUAUUUUUAUCCAUUUUUAUAGUGACUUAGACUGACAGUAGUAAAAUCAAGGAAACUUACUAUGUGCAUGCUCUAAGGAUUGUUGAGAGCUAGUAGGAUUUACUAAACUCAAUAGCAUCCAAAUGCUUUAUUGAGUUGGAAUUUGUUAUUGUUGUUAUGGAAGAGUCAUUUUAAAAUUUUGCUCUUUUUCCUGUCUCUUUUUGUUGUAGACAGGUAAAUGUCAUUAUUUCGUUUGAUAUGUAAAUAAUAUGUAUAUUUUUCUAUACAAAAAACUGAAAAGCACUCACUAGUGAAUAGCACUUAAUGAUGGUAUUUAUAUUUUUAAGAAAACAUUGUAUUUAUUUUACCAACAUUUUGUAGGAGAUAGUGGUUUACAACACUAAGGCUUGGUCAUCAUUUUUAUAGUGCUGCCUUUUCUUUUUUUCCUUUUUUUUGUAGACCUUAUUUCUUUCUCUUAUCCUCAUUCUCUUUAUUUUAUUAUUCCAAAGACUGAAGCAGUAGCUGUUCCCAUAGAGUGCAGUCCACCAGUAGCUCUCAUUGCCAAUCCAUGUCAGUCAUGGACAUUUCAGAUGACAGUGUGUAUAUAGUCAGAGUAAGCUGUAAAACAUGUAGUCAUGAAUGCUCAUCUGCUGAAAUGGCAUGUCUCCCCCAUUGCCAGCCUUAAUAUCACAUACAGGAACACCCCACCUUCCCCCAAAAAGCCCCUCUUUGGUAGUAAAGUGCAACUGUCUCAAGGGGAUAAAAAUGAAUAUAAAAAAGAUGCCUGAAAUAAUUUUACAUUUAAGCAACUGGAAAGUCCCAAAGUUUACUCCAUCUAUUUUAUUAUUGUAAAAAUAUUUUCAUAGAUAUCAGUUUAACCCAAGGAAUUUGCCACGGAGGCUAGCCCUUGAAAACUUUCUUCUAAAGCACUAUAUCUGGAGGAAUGGAGGAAGGCCCUCAUUCUCCCUAUCUUGUGCACUGAACAUCAGUCUUCUUCCCAGCUUGACACAUGUUGCCUUGGCACUGCACGGACGUUCCAGCUAGCCAUUCAAAGCACACGAUGUGCUCAUUUGUACCGUUUCCUUUCGACAGUUUUAGUCCUCCGGAUUAUCCCUUAGGGCAAAAUUUAAAUUGAUUUCCUAUUGAAUAUAUAUAUAUAUAUAUAUAUAUAUAUAUAUAUAUAUAUAUAUGGCAGCAACACUUCAUAGUAGUUACAUAUAUGACCUCCCAUGGUUGGCUGUCCUGUAGUUCUUUAUAACAGAGGUGUGGUGCCUUCUUUUUCAAUUAUUUUCUUUUUUUCAUAGUUUUAUUCAUUGUGUCAUCACUGAUACAGACCAUAAGACACUUGCUUUGGGAGCAUAGCCAGUUCUGUGGCCUUUUUAGGAUGGAGUCAUAGCUACUCUGGAGAAUAACGCAAGAGUUUUAAUGCAUGUCCUUAAUUCUGAAGGUCUUAAUACUGGUUAGACUUUUGUCCCCACUGUGUUUGAUUUGAAUUGGUCUCUUAAUGAAGCAAUUUCAAAAGUUGUAUUAAAGGGAUAUUGAGCAUAUCGGUGUUGCAGGAAGGCUAGGGAUGCGUAUAUACCUCCAGACAAAGCUCUCUCGAUUUGCUGCUUUGUGCACCUCUGGCUCUUGUUUUCAGAAUGAGCCAAUAAAAGGCCAGUUUCUCUGUGUAGCAUUGUCUUAUUGCCUCAUAAUUUUAACUCUAAUAUCUUUUAAGGCAGUUGCAGACUCCCAAAGGCCUGACCCCUAUCAGACUCAGCAUGUCACCUGUGACAAAGGCACUGACCAUACAGAGAGAAAUCUCUGUUUUGCUUUACAUCAUUACCAACUGGCUACUGUUUUUUUCCAGAUAUGAUUUUGUACGUUAAUGGGUUUGACGGAAUUGCCGCAGCUUCUUGCCGGGAGCUUCUUGCCAGGCUCCUCGGCAGUGUGGGUCUUGCCAUCGAUUCAGGGAUAGAGUACCUCUCAGUCCGGCUCUCUGGGUGCGGCACAGGGUCGGGCUGAACUCUGCAGCUAGGCCUUCGUUGAAUGUAUUUUUGAAUUUAUAAUUGAUUUUUAUCAUAUAUUGUCUUUUUUUCGAUUGUUCCAACGUGAAAGGCUGGGACGUUACAGGACAGCUUUAUGUUUAAUUUCAUUGGGCGAGGAUUGUACAGCAAUGGCAAUCUUUGUACAAAAAACUUGCAUUCUAUCAGUCUGACAAAAUAAGAUUUUAGUAAUUCAGUUACUAAACCUAAGGGCUUUGUUAAAGACUUUCCUCCACAUGUUCAUGUCAGUGCAACUUCAGAUUCUCCACAAACUGGUGAAAUGUAGUGUUCAGUCGGUGUUUCAGAAGCAGACGGGUUCCGUUGUUUCCUGGACUUUACUCUUCCACGCCACACCAGUGGUACCACACCUUAUCCUGUUAUGCUCAGUAUAUAUAUGUAUACUUCUUACAUACAUGAUGAAUAUAUAUACCUAAACAUAUGUAUGGAUAGUAACUUGUACUUCAGUAUCUACAAUAUCUACACAAUAUACGGAAUGGACAGACAAACUUAGUUACAGUAGCAAACAACAGUUUCAUAAUGGUUAAUAGCAAUGUUCAAUGUAAUCUAUAAUGGUUUUGUGUUACAGAUACAGUUUAGAGUAAUGUGCAACAGCAUUUUAAAUAUUGACAUUAUGUACCAGUUUUCCUGUGCCUGUGUGCUCUUUCUGUGGAGCAUUGCAGUUAAGAUUGAUUCUUUUUGGGACUUUUAUUUU